GGUCUUCCAUUAUUACACACAGACCAUAAUAAUAUAGCAAUAGUUUCUUGUCAUACUCUUUUCGUACUUUUUUGUUUGUAAGAAAGAAGAAGGGGGUUAUUAUAAUUUAUAACACAAUUAAUAGGAGUAUAUAAAACAAAAGAGGUGGGUUGAUUUUAUGAGCUGAUGCUGAAAUUGGGUACAUCAAAUAAUAACAUGGAUCUUGGGAAUUCUUGGAAUACUAGUAGCAGUGUCAGCUUCCAUACUUGUUUAAGUAUUAAUUUCAGUUACUUCCAUUCAGCUGCCUUGUUUUUGUCUUUUGGGAGCUCAAUUGCAGUACCUAAAAUGGCCUUAAAUAAUUCCUCCUCCAGUAAACCUUGUUAUGCUGAUGAUUUAAUUCUCAAGUCUUCUUCUUUUUCUUAUUCUUAUUCUUGAAGUAGAAGACUCAAAUUUGAUCACCACUCCCUCUUCAACUGUUUUGUUUUGUUUUCUUUUAUUUGUUUGUUUCUUAGUUUUCUUGAUUGUGUGUCAUCAGCCUUUUUUUGUCUCUUAUAAAAGACCUUUUUGGACUCUAUAAAUCCUAGAGAAAUGCUGUGUGCAUCAUUGCCAGGGUUAGACGGUGGUGCUGUGAAAGCAUCUUCAGCAGCUAUGGCUUCUUUGGAUAUUUACAGCAGGUGUGGUUUUGAUGGUGGUGUUAGAUGUUGGAUUGGGAAUGAAAUAGGAAAGUGGAACAAAUUGGCUGCUGCAACUACAAAGGCACCAAUGAAGAGGAGGUUCAACAUUUCUCCUAUGGCUUCCUCUGCUCUAGCUGAAACCCGAUGUACUUCUAGAGCCAAAUUUUAUCAGGAGGUUCUUAACAAUGCCAGGGAAAAAUUUACCCAGGAGAUUUCUUUCCAAUCCAAGGACAGAGAUAUUUCUCUGGCAAAGGCUUUACUUUAUGUGGCCUCUGAAGACGAGGCAUUUAUGGCUUUCAACGGGGAGAUGGAUGCGUAUUCUCUCCAAAGUGAGAGGAGAUCUGCUUCAUUGCCUUCUGAUGCCACGGAAUGGACAUGCGUGGAGGCCAUGCCUCUUGCUGGAAAGAAUAUGAAUGAGUGGAUGGUUGAGUUGGAUGUCAUUGCUAGAGAAGUGGUGGCAGAGCUAGUUUCGAGAGAAAUAGGAUGCGAUUUGGCUGAAGUUUUGGAUGCAGUGAACAUGGUUCUUUUUAAGUCAAGGGGAUUCAAAAGGUCAUUUGUACUUGUGGAUUCAAAGUGUGCAUACCUGCAUUCAGUGUUAAGCUCUGGAUAUUGUAGUGCAAUUUUGCUUAGCGUCAUUUAUAUUGAAGUCUGUCGAAGACUUAAUCUGACCAUUGUGGGAUCCCGAGUUGGGGAAGAUUUUUUAAUAUGGCCCCAAACUGGAAACCCUGAGGAGCUAUUCAAGGUUAUUUCUGGUCACAGCUUGUUUGGUAUUGUUAAUGGCAAGUGUGUCGACGACCCUAGAUCAAGGGCUUCUGACAUCAAUAGUAAUUCGUUGCCGGGGCUUGAGUUAGCAACAAACCGAGAUAUUAUCGGAAUAGCUUUGGCUAAUUUGAUGAGGCUUCACUGGAAACGUGCUUCAAGAGCAAAUCAUGGUUUGAUGCUGACUUCUCCCCUUAGAUCCGUUGAUCAUGCAGAUGAUAAGUCUAAUUGUCUGAAUGUCCCAUUGUUGCGGCCUCAAGAUUUGAGGCUGGCCAUUAUGGCUUCAGAAAGAUUGCUCAUUCUGCAGCCACACAAUUGGGCUCUAAGGAGAGACCAUGGCAUGAUGUUGUAUUAUAGUAGGGAAUACGAAGAGGCAGUUCAGGAGCUUAGCAUUUGUAUGGCCUUUGCCCCAGAAGAAGAGGCACAAGUUCUGGAACCUUUUGUUGAGAAAUUACACUUGUUGCGGGUUGAAUCAUCUUGGAAAGAAAGGCCAUUUAACAGUUUCUUGAAUUGUUUGUAGAAAAGCUGUAGCUGUUUCUGCUUUAAGUUUGUAUUAAGAGCACAGCCAGUACUACUUAGUCUGUAAUCUCUUUUUUUUGACUUCUGUAAAUAUAUUCCUUAGACAAGCUAAAGUUGCAUCCUUUCUAUAUUGAGUUGAAUAA